AUGAUAAAGCAAUACCUUAUUGGGGAGGGGUGGGUGGUUGUUAAAUUUAUUUUCUUUAAUUUGUCAAAUAUUUAUUCAGAUCAUUAUAUUUAUAAUGGCAAGCUUGGAUUCUUCAGUGGCAUUUCAUUAACAGUUCUAGUAACUCAUCUAUUAACUGAGAAUCAAUCUAAAACUUCAACAAUUUACCAAUUAUUAACAAAAUUUUUUGAUUUCUAUUCUCAAAAUUAUCAAAAAAUCAGGGUAAUCGGACAAGAAAAUGCUGAAGAACUGGAACCGAUUAUUCUCGAAGAAAAUACAAAAAAUUACGAUAUUAAUUUAGAUUGGAAUAUUAAGAAAGAAAUUAGCGAUCGAGCGAAUCUUUAUUUGAAUCCUGGGUUAUCUCUGAGUAAUCAAAAAUUAGAAAAAAUGAGAAAACACGCAAAAUUAGUUUGGCCAAUAAUAACGCCCGGUUUUCCUAAACAGAAUGCUGGAUUUAACGUUAAUCUUUCUACGAGGACUAUUAUUUGGAAGGAAAUGGAAAAUGGUUUGCCCAUUUAUAGAUUUAGUGUGAUUAUGUCUCACUCACCUAGUGUGUUUAAGUGGUAA